CGGUGACCCCCCCUCCACCCCCACGCCGGCGUAUCUGUUAGAAAGUUUAACGGGGCGGGUGCUGCUGGCUAGUCCUUUUAACCCUCUCUGCGCCUGCUACAUGUAGCCAUUGCCCAAGGACGCUUCCCAGUUGCAAAGGAAAUCCUCGCCUGUGGCUUUUCUGCGACGACGCCUACCCUUCCCCCAGUGCACCGAUGUCCUCCUCUCCCAUGCGGUCGCCCACCCUGCGGCCUCACAGAAUGAAAAAGGACGAGUCUUUCCUGGGCAAGCUAGGCGGCACGCUGGCUAGGAAGAAGAAAGCUAAAGAAGUGACUGAUCUGCAGGAAGAGGGUAAAAAUGCAAUCAAUGCACCAAUGUCUCCCACCACCACAGAUCUGCAUCCAGAAGAUACCUUAUUAGAGGAGAAUGAAGAACGCACCAUGAUAGAUCCCAGUUCAAAAGAGGAUGCCAAAUUUAAAGAACUCAUCAAGGUUUUAAUUGACUGGAUAAAUGAUGUCCUGGUUGAAGAAAGAAUAAUUGUCAAGCAACUUGAGGAGGAUGUCUAUGAUGGGCAGGUGCUACAGAAGCUGUUGGAGAAACUAGCUGGCCGUAAACUGAAUGUGGCUGAAGUGACACAGUCUGAAAUUGGCCAGAAACAAAAACUGCAGACCGUUCUAGAAGCUGUUCAUGAUUUACUCCGACCUCAUGGCUGGACUAUAAAGUGGAAUGUUGACUCAAUCCAUGGGAAGAACCUGGUGUCCAUCCUCCAUCUGCUCGUAGCAUUGGCCAUGCAUUUCCGGGCUCCUAUCAGACUUCCUGAACACGUUUCUGUGCAAGUGGUGGUUGUAAGAAAACGGGAAGGACUACUCCAGACAGCCCAUAUCACAGAGGAGCUGACCACCACCACAGAGAUGAUGAUGGGAAGAUUUGAACGAGAUGCUUUUGACACACUCUUUGACCAUGCACCAGAUAAACUCAGUGUAGUAAAAAAGUCUCUGAUCACUUUUGUAAACAAGCACCUUAACAAGCUAAAUUUGGAAGUGACAGAAUUAGAAACACAGUUUGCAGAUGGUGUAUACCUGGUAUUGCUCAUGGGCCUCCUUGAAGACUAUUUUGUUCCACUCCACAAUUUCUAUUUAACACCAGAAAGUUUUGAUCAGAAGGUUCACAAUAUUUCCUUUGCUUUUGAACUAAUGCAGGAUGGAGGACUGAAGAAACCAAAGGCUCGACCAGAAGAUGUUGUCAACUUAGAUCUGAAAUCUACCCUAAGAGUUUUAUACAACUUGUUCACAAAAUACAAGAACAUUGAAUAAUUCGGAGAUCUCCUGAGAUACUAAUUUUCACAACAUUCUUUUGGUGGAAUAACCUUUUUAUUUCUUUCUCCUGUGCCAUUAUCUCCAUGUAACUCUCCUAUGCUUUGAACCUAGUGUGAGCAUUUUAAAAAUGUAAUUCAUUUCUUGAAAUAUCCACAUUGUACUUGUUUGCUCUACAAUUGGCCUCCCCAACUCCCCCCCACGGUUUUUGGACUACAACUCCCAUAAUCCCAGCCAUAGUGUCUGAUAGCCAGGGAUUAUGGGAAUUGUAGGCCAACAUCUCAGGAGGGCCAAAGUUGAGCAGGCCUACUCUACAAGAAUAUUGUUUCCUAUGUGCUACAUCCAUCAAAAAUGCCUCAUUCAUUAGUAUAUAUUGCAGUUAUGACAUGUUCUGAUUAUGAGAACUUUUAAUAUGGUUGAUGAAGCUGUGCAUUUUAUCCAAAUAAUUUGCUUGCUUAGGAGUAUGUCUUCAGAUCUCACUUCUGCCAUGAACUCACUCAGAAGACAUGGGCAAGCCACUCCCCUCUCAGCUAUCAGCAAUAUGGAGAUAAUACUACUUCUGGACCACCUUAUGGGAUUGUUGUAAGGCUGAGAUAAUAUACAUAAAGUGCUUUAAAUACUCUAAAAUGCUAUAUGAAUGUUUAGUAGUAUUAAUAUUUUUUUAGGCUUGUGGAUAUGAUUCAGUCUCAACACUUAGGGAUGGGAUAAAACUGAGAUGAGAUGAGUUGUGGAUUUUUAAAAAUAUGUGUAACUGUGAAACAGGAAGUGAUAAAGAGCCUCUUAGGAGAAGAAAGUCCUCUCCAACAAGACUUUAGAUGGAUGAGUGUGCUCCCUCUAUUUCUGGUGUUCAUUAUUUAUCCUUUAUUAGAAAUAUGUAGCCCAUCCCUAUUCAUUAAGCCACUGUACAGCUUAAUUUAUGCAUUAUCUAUUUCACUGCAUAUGUUGUUUUGAGACUGUGACCUGAAGGUCUUCUAUAUACUCUUUGAAGGCAUUGUCUGCCUUUUUGUGUUACCCUCAAACCACUCAGUAUUACUUCCAUUCAAUGCACUGUGAGUCUAUGAUGGAAUUGCGCCUAAUUUAAAUAAAGCAGAUUUUCUUUA